CUUUCAUUUCCUAGAUAUUGCAGCAGAGAGAUGUAACUGAACGUUCCUAGUGAGGACAUAUUCGCCGUCUGUGUUAUACAGGCCUCUGUCGGCUAUUGCUUCUGACUGACGUGAACACUGAGGCAGCAGUACAAAUGGAUCCAGUAGCGCAAUCCGGUGAUUCCCAAGAGAUGAUAUUUGACACAGAAAUCCGAGGUGAAGUCCAAAAGAUUCUGCAGCCCAGCAUGGAGAAUGACGCGAAAUUCCAAGAGCUGAAGCAGUUCCUUAUUGAUUGGAUCAACAAUGAGUUACAGCAAGAACACAUCGUGGUGAAGAGCCUGGAAGAGGAUCUCUUUGAUGGUUUAAUUCUUCAUCACCUUUUAGAGAAGAUUGGGCAAAUUAAAUUAGACGUGGAAGAAAUCACCCUCACAGCCAGCAACCAGAAGCGGAAACUGGGGGUGAUCCUGGAGGCCGUGUCAGAGUGUCUGCAGCUGGGGGAACGUCCGAUGAAGUGGAACCUGAGCCUGAUCUACAACAAGGACAUUCUGGCCACCCUGCACCUGCUUGUUGCCUUAGCACAGCGCUUCCAGCCCGACCUGCCCCUUCCUCCGGAUGUUUCUGUAGAAGUGAUCGUGAUGGAGCCAACAAGAACCGGAAUGAAGACGGGAAAAGCUGUAGAGGUCCUCACCGGCAGCAGGGAUGAAGGCUCAACUCCCAAGAAGGAUGCCUUUGAUGAACUUUUUGACCUGAACCUGGACAAAAUAAAUGAUGUGAAACAGGCAAUGGUCGAUUUUGUGAAUAAGCAGCUGGUGAAUCUGAGCCUCACGGUGACAGACCUGGACUCUCAGGUAUUUGCAGAUGGGGUCAUUCUGCUUCUGUUAAUUGGACAGCUGGAAGGUUAUUUUAUAAACCUAGGUACAUUCCACUUGAGUCCCAAGUCACCCGAAGAAAAGGUGCAAAAUGUUACCCUUGCUCUGGAUCUACUCAUGGAUGGAAGGGUCUUAGAAAAUUCAGUGGAUCCCACAGAGAUUGUGAACAGAGAUUUGAAAACCACACUGCGAGUUCUGUACAGCUUGUUCCACAAACACAGCAAAUCCUGAAAUGGUCUUGAGAAAUGAUAUUUCAUUCUCCCGAAGCCUGGUCUUGCUGCGGACGACAACGCAAUUAAUUAUACAUUUAUAAUGCACACGUUAUAUGAAUGUACUGCAUCUGUAAAUAAUAUCUGCAUAAACAGAGGAUUCUGAUGAUGUCAUAUUUUAUGCUCUGUCAACUCUGAUGUCAUCACCUCUUAGAAGUCUAUUCAUGAAGCAGUGAAAAGAGUGGAGAAGUGAGCCUGUGGAGAAGUUGCCCAUGGCAACCAAUCAGCUGCUCUGUACAAUUGUAUGGUAUGCAAAUUACAAAUGUUACUUCAGUUCUGAUUGGUUGCCAUGGGCAACUUCUCCACACUUGUCGCUGCUUCAUGAAUAGACCCCUAUAAGAGAUUAUGCAGUUCCUACCACAAUGAAUGACUGAUCGAAGUUGCUUCGUGCGACCCGUAUAACCACUCGGCGUAAAGUGACUUCUACUCGUAUAAUGUACAGUAGCGAUUGCUUUUAUCUCAUUAUUGUAGUCAUUUCUUUAAACAUCUGUAUUGGAAGAAUAAUGAUCUUUCUGAUUUAAUAGACGGGAAAGACCGUUUUGUAGCUGUAAUGAAUGGUCUCUGAGUUUAUUGCUCCUGUAUGUGUACAUUUCAGCAGGACAGAGUACACAUAUAAAAAUAUAUUUUGCUGCUAAUACAAGUAGGACAACAGCUGUGUAGCAAGAAGCCUCCCAGUAUGCCGCAUUACCCAGCAAAUACAUAUGCUUGUAUUCCAACUGUGUCCUUGAUAAAACAGUGCUAAAAAAUGA